GGUGGCUAAUUAGCCCUUCCCGUCGUGCCCGUGUAAUGAAGCACAUGCGCACUGAAUUAAUCACAGCCAUUUUUUGCAGGAAACUAAUUAGCAGGAAUAAAGAUCCAAAGAGUUUUUUUCUUUUCAAUCAUCAGAUCUCACUUUCACCUCUUCCUCUCUCCCUCUAACACAAGACACAUCGCCUGCUUUGCAUCCAAAUUAUUUUUAUAUAGCCUUUACAACUAAAACUUCGGUUUUUUUUACACUCCGCAACAACAAUGAUCUUUCUUUUACCAUCCUAAAUGCAAACUGACCAAAAGGGACUGCCUUGAUGGGAUCUUUAGCCAAACCGUCUCUAUACUGGAUUAAAAAGCGAGGAUCACAAAGCGGCUGCAAAAAAAUUGCCUGGAUGCGAUGAAUGCCUCGAGCAGGCCUCAGCAUGGAAAGCUGUGAGUCUCCCGCGGUUUCUGGGACAGACGAUGGGCUCUCCCUCACCAGCUCCUCCCAGCAGCAGCAGCAGCAGCAUCAUCACCCUCCUCCUCCUCCUCCUCCGCAGCCCUGGAACGAUCACCCUAACACGCAGGUGCCCCCCAGCGUCCAGCCCUCUCCCCUGGAGCCCCUCUCACUGUCCGCGCCCUACCCCUCCCAGCUCCAGCCCCUCGCCCCGCCCCGCGAGGCCGUGAGGGAGCAGCAGACGCGCACCCCACCCCAGGCCCCCGGCGACGCCUCGGCAACGAGGCAGCAGAAGACGAGGAGGCCGGGGCUGGAGGAGGAAGAGGAGGGAGCGGCGGCGAGGGCGGAGGAGGAAGGGGGCAGCUGCGGAGAGGAAGAGGAGGAGGAAGACUUGGACGACUUGGACGGGAUGGAGAUCGACAGCUGUUUCCCGAGCCUGCAGCCCUUCACCGGGGUGCCCCUGGCCCCGGGCGGGGGGUCCAUGCCCACCCUCCUGCGGCAACGGCAGCAGGUGCGACGGAGAGGGGGAGCCGCGGAGAGCGGGAGCGAGGAAGGAGAGGAGGAAGAGGAGGAGGAGAGCAGUGAUGUGGAGAACCUGGCCGGGGAGAUCGUCUACCAGCCCGACGGCUCGGCCUACAUUGUGGAGAGCCUCAGCCAGUUGAUCCAAAGUGGGGGGGGAACAGCACCCGGGUUGCUCCCCCAGAACUCCCUCCCCGGCGCGGGGAAGCCGGGCGAGCCCGCGGGGAACUCCGCCUCGGUGUACCCUCAGAUCAUAAACACGUUCCACAUAGCCUCCUCCUUCGGGAAGUGGUUUGGCCCUUCAGACCAAGGUUUCCCCAAUACCUCAACCAUGGCAGGCCUGAGUCCUGUCCUGCACAGUUUCCGAGUCUUCGAUGUACGGCACAAAAGCAACAAGGAUUACCUGAACAGCGACGGGUCUGCCAAGAAGUCCUGCGUAUCCAAAGAUGUUCCCAACAACGUGGAUUUCUCCAAAUUCGACGGGCUGGCCCUCUACGGCAAGGGCAAGCCCAUUCUCAUGUGUUUCCUCUGCAAGCUUUCCUUCGGCUACGCGCGCUCCUUCGCCACGCACGCCGUGCACGACCACCGCAUGACCCUGUGCGAGGAUGAGCGCCGGCUGCUGGGCCACAAGCACGCGUCCGCCAUCAUCCAGGGCAUCGGGAAGGACAAGGAGCCCCUCAUCAGCUUCCUGGAACCAAAAAACAAGAGCUCCCCUGCCCCGCCCUCGCUUCUGCCCCUUGGCUCGGGGCAGAACUUCUACGGCACGUUCAGCGGCGUUCACUUAGAGGCCGGGGGCGCCGGCGGCGGGGGGAGCGAGACCCUCCUAAACAAAGACUCCGAUCUGGGCCACCAGAAAGGCCCGCUGAGCUCCCUCCUGACCCUGGGGGGACUGGGCAGCCCCAAGCCGCCCUCGCUUACCUCAACCCCAGGCCCUGCCAAAGACUCCAGCGCCCCGCCCGAGCAGGGAGGGAGAGCAGAGGGGCCUGCUGGGAAAAAGGACGAGGAGCGGGAGGUGGGGGAAGGCAAGGGGUUCUUGCCGACCAGAGGGGAGGCGGGCUCGGAGGAAGAGGAGGAACUGUUGUUAGAAGAGGAGGAAGAAGAGGAGGAGGAAGACGAAGAGGACGAAGGCGCUGCGGCGGCCUGCGUUGGCGGAGAUGGGGGGGAACCGGCUGUCUCAAACCAAAGCAUUUCCAAAUCUCCUUUAUUAAUGCCUAGUAGCGCUCUCCAGCCUUCCACAUGCCCCUCGGCCAGCCCCACGCACAACAGCGAAGCCCCCGCCUCCACCUCCGCCUCCUCUUCCUCCACCAGGGCGUCGGAAGGGGGCGCCGGCGUGGACGGCGGCGGGGGCGCCCCAAAGCUCCCGCUGAGCUUUAACUGCCAGGGGCCUGCUCUCCCCUUGGUGACGGCAGCGGCCGGCAGCAGGGGGUGUGAGGACGACGAGGGGUUGUGCCCACCCGCCGCUGCCUCCUCCUCCUCCUCGCCUCUGGCCUGCGGGGUCGCCGCAGACGAAAGUGCCAAUCGAGAUAGUGCCACAGCUCCUGAACCAAAUGAAAGCCCGGCUGAGGGAGAGGAGGACAGUGGGGCUCUCCUGCACCAUCACCACCUCCACCACCACCACCACCACCACCACCACCACCUGCACCCCUCCCCGCACGCCCACGGCCACUCCCACCCCCACCCGGGGACGCCCUGCGAGCUGGGCGGGGCAGAGGAGUGCACGCAGGCCCACGGGGGCGGGGCCGGAGUGGGCAGCGGGGUGGAGUGCCCCAAAUGCGACACCGUGCUGGGCUCCACCCGCUCCCUGGGGGGCCACAUGACCAUGAUGCACUCGCGCAACUCGUGCAAGACGCUCAAGUGUCCCAAGUGCAACUGGCACUACAAGUACCAGCAGACCCUGGAGGCCCACAUGAAGGAGAAGCACCCGGACUCCGGCGGGUCCUGCGUCUACUGCAGCAGCGGCCAGUCCCACCCCCGGCUGGCGCGCGGGGAGAGCUACACCUGCGGCUACAAGCCCUUCCGCUGUGAGGUCUGCAACUACUCCACCACCACCAAGGGCAACCUCAGCAUCCACAUGCAGUCUGACAAGCACCUCAACAACAUGCAGACCCUGCAGAACGGUGGCUCCCUGGCCGCCGCCGGCGAGCAGGUCUUCGGCCACACCCCCGGAGGCGGGGCCGUGGUGGCCGUCCCCCCGGCAACGCAGGCCGCCUCCCACCACCACCACCCCGCCCAGUCCGCCGCCCACAUGGGCGGGGCCUGCGGGACCCCCUCCCCGACCAAGCCAAAAAGCAAGCCCAUGUGGCGCUGCGAGGUGUGCGACUACGAAACCAACGUGGCCCGCAACCUGCGCAUCCACAUGACCAGCGAGAAGCACAUGCACAACAUGAUGCUGCUCCAGCAGAACGUCAGCCAGAUGCAGCACAGCCGCCUGGGCCUGGGCGGCCUGCCCUCGCCCUCUGAGGCCGAGCUCUACCAGUACUACCUGACCCAGAACAUGAACCUGCCCCCGGGCCUCAAGAUGGACCCCGCCGGGGCCGACGCCCAGUUCCUGCUCGGCGGAUUCCACCUGGACCCCGGCAUGGCCGCCCUGGGCCCCGCUCUCGUGGGCGGAGAGAUUCCCGUGGACAUGCGUCUGGGCGGCGGCCAGCUGGUCUCGGAGGAGCUGAUGACCCUGGGGGAGAGCCUGUCCCAGACCAGCGACCCCUCCCUCAAGCUGUUCCAGUGCGCCGUGUGCAACCGCUUCACCACCGACAACCUGGACAUGCUGGGGCUGCACAUGGGGGCGGAGCGUAGCCUGCCGGAGGAGGAGUGGCGGGCGGUGGUGGGCGACUCGCACCAGUGCAAGCUGUGCCGCUACACCACACAGCUCAAGGCCAACUUCCAGCUGCACUGCAAGACCGACAAGCACGUGCAGAAGUACCAGCUGGUGGCGCACAUCAAGGAGGGCGGCAAGAGCAACGAGUGGCGGCUCAAGUGUGUCGCCAUCGGCAACCCCGUCCACCUCAAGUGCAACGCCUGCGACUACUACACCAACAGCCUGGAGAAGCUGCGGCUGCACACUGUCAACUCCCGCCACGAGGCCAGCCUCAAGCUGUACAAGCACCUGCAGCAGCACGAGAACGCGGUGGAGGGGGACGCCUGCUACUACCACUGCGCCCUGUGCAACUACUCCACCAAGGCCAAGCUGAACCUGAUCCAGCACGUCCGCUCCAUGAAGCACCAGCGCGGGGAGAGCCUGCGCAAGCUGCAGCGUCUGCAGAAGGGCCUGCCCGAGGAAGAGGAGGAGCUCAGCACCAUCUUCACCAUCCGCAAAUGCCCCUCCUCUGACACAGGAGAGCUGAAUGAGGAUGUGGAACAUGCCAGUGAGACCACCACUGACCAGGAGGACCAAACCAAAGACAGAGAGAGCGGGGGAGAGAAGGAGCUUACCAAAGGGACAGCUUCCUGUCAGGUGGACAGGGACCGGACGGAUUCCCCUCUCCCCUCCAAACGCCCUCCUUCACGGUCUGGGGCGACAGAGAGCCCCAUUUCCUCCAAACGUCCCAGAACGUCCGAAAAGAGCACCGGAGAGCAGAUGUACCAGUGCCCGUACUGCAAGUACAGCAACACUGACGUGAACCGGCUCAGGAUGCAUGUGAUGACUCAGCACUCAGUACAGCCCAUGUUCCGCUGCCCGCUGUGCCAGGACAUGCUCAACAACAAAGUCCACCUGCAGUUCCACCUCACCCACCUGCACAGCGUGGCGCCCGACUGCGUGGACAAGCUCAUCGCCACGGUGGCGGCGACAGAGGUACUGCCAGCGAGCAUGUUCAUACCGAUUCCCCCAGAGAAAGACGGCCAGAACACCCUGCAGGCUGUAGCCAACUCUGAUGACAGCAAGAAACAAACGGAAACCUUAGAGACGGAGCCUGAGAAAGUGGUCCCGCCACCUACAGAAAUAGCUGAAGCACGCAAGUCCCCCCUGGAGGACCAGCAGUCCAUGAAGGAGGACGGUGCCAGUUUCCUGUGCUGGAAAAAAGGCUGCAACCAGGUCUUCAAGUCCUCCAGCACCCUCCAGAUGCACUUCAACGAGGUCCACAACAAGAGGCCACAGCUGCCCGUUUCAGACCGACACGUCUACAAGUACCGCUGCAACCAGUGCAGCCUGGCCUUCAAGACGGUGGAGAAGCUGCAGCUGCAUUCUCAGUACCACGUGAUCCGGGCGGCCACCAUGUGCUGCCUCUGCCAGCGCAGCUUCAGAACCCUGCAGGCCUUGAAGAAACACCUGGAGACCAGCCACCUGGAGCUGAGUGAGGCCGACAUCCAGCAGUUGUACGGGGGCUUGCUAAUGAACGGAGACCUCAUGGCCAUGGGCGACCCGUCGCUCGGGGAUGACCAGGUGGCCCUCUGCGAGGAUGACAAGGAAGGAGACGAGAGCGACGCAGAGGAGAAGCAGAGCCCGACCGGAAGCGACUCUGGCUCGGUCCUCGAGGACUCCGGAUCAGAACCGAAGCGCGCUCUGCCCUUCAGAAAGGGCCCCAACUUCACCAUGGAGAAGUUUCUGGACCCGUCCCGGCCUUUCAAGUGCACGGUGUGCAAGGAGUCUUUCACUCAGAAGAACAUCCUCCUGGUCCACUACAACUCUGUCUCGCACCUGCACAAGGUGAAGCGGGCCCUGCAGGAGUCCAGCACGGGCCAGCCGGAGCCCACCAGCAGCCCCGACAACAAGCCGUUCAAGUGCAGCACUUGCAACGUGGCGUACAGCCAGAGCUCCACUCUUGAGAUUCACAUGCGCUCCGUCCUCCACCAGACCAAAGCCCGCGCGGCGAAACUGGAAGCAGCGGGGUCCUGCAGCAGCUCCAUGGCUGCGGUCGGAGGAAGCGGAGGGGCCUCCUCGGUAGGCACUUCGGCUCCCAGCCCCAGCCCGGCCACCAACUCCGCAACCACCACGAGCAACAGCUCUUCUUCUGGGGUGCCGUCUGUGCAAAGCAUGCUGGGAGGCGGCCACAUGAGCCAGCCCCACGCCAUCGACAGCCUGGGGAACUCCACGGCCGCUUGUCAUCCCUCCCCGUCUGAAAACCACGACGUGAAGAAGAAGAAGUUCUCAGACAUGCUCUCUUCCAGGGGAUCGAGUCAGCAGCUGCAGCAGCAGCAGCAGCAACAGCAGCAGCAGCAGCUGGCCCAGGCCCAAGCGCACGCCCAGGCUCAGCUCCAGCAAGAGCUGCAGCAGCAGGCCGCCCUCCUCCAGUCCCAGCUCUUCAACCCAGCACUUCUGCAGCACUUCCCCAUGACGACAGAGGCUCUUCUCCCACUGCAGCAGCAGCAGCUGCUCUUUCCCUUCUACAUCCCCGGGGCGGAGUUCCAGCUCAACCCGGAGAUCAACCUCAACAGCUCCGCACUUAACCUGGCCGGCUCCUCCACCUCCUCCCUGCUGGAGGACCUGAAGAACUCGGCGCAGCAGGCCCAGCAGAGCUGCCUGCAGCAGCAGCUGAUGCACCACCACCUGCAGCAGCAGCACCAGCAGCAGCAAGCUCACUCGCAGGCUCAGGGGCAGAUGGCCCUGCUCCAGCAGAACGCCUCGCUCCUGCACCAGGCAGACAAAAAGCCGAAGUCUGCCUCUCACGGUGAGAAAGACCGAGAUGGGCAGAGAGACAAAGAUGGGAACGAGAAGACAGACGAUCACCCCAAAGACGGCUUGGACAAACCUAAAGACAAGAAAGAUCAGCCUCAGGCCGUGAGUGUCAACCACGAUCACGGCUUUCCGCCGCCUAGAAUCGCCUCAGACGCUCGGGGAAACGCCACCAAAGCCCUUUUGGAGAACUUUGGGUUCGAGCUGGUCAUCCAGUAUAACGAGAACAAGCAGAAGGUGCAGAAGAAAAUGGCUGGUAAUGGACCCGCCGGGCCGAGCGGGCCAACGGGAAUCACCAGGGUGGUGGAUCCCAUCGAAGGGCUGGAGAAGCUGGAGUGCGAGGCCUGCGGAAAGCUGUUCUCCAACAUACUGAUUCUGAAGAGUCACCAGGAGCACAUCCACCAGGCCUUCUUCCCGUUUCGCUCCCUGGAGAGAUUCGCAAAAGAGUACCGGGAGCAGUACGACAAGCUGUACCCGCUGAGGCCCCAGACCCCUGAGACUGCUCCUCCACCCCCACCUCCACCUCCUCCACCUCCGCCCCCACCGCAGCGAGCUCCAACGCCAAAUAUUCCCGUCUCUGCCCCUUCACUUACCCCCCCAGCGGUUCCCACCCCACAGCCCUCAGUUCCAAUGACUCAGAUCCCAAUGCCUAUGGAUCUGCCUCUGUUCUCCCCCCUGAUGAUGCAGCCCAUGCCCCUGCAGUCCCUGCCCUCUCAGAUCCCGGCACAGCUGCCAGCCGUGGAGCCCGGCCUCACCACCGACCUAGCCCAGCUCUACCAGCACCAGCUGACGCCAGCCAUGCUGCAGCAGCAGCAGCAGAACAAGAGGCCGCGCACGCGCAUCACGGACGAGCAGCUGAGGGUCCUCCGCCAGUACUUCGACAUCAACAACUCCCCCAACGAAGAGCAGAUCAAGGAGAUGGCCGACAAGUCCGGCCUGCCCCAGAAGGUCAUCAAGCACUGGUUCCGCAACACGCUUUUCAAAGAGCGGCAGCGCAACAAGGACUCUCCCUACAACUUCAACAACCCUCCCAUCACCACUCUGGAAGACACCAAAGUUGAUUCCAAGCCGCCGUCUCCCGAACCCCAAAAGGCUGAAUGUUACGGGAGCAAGAGGUCCUCAAGAACUAGGUUCACUGAUUACCAGCUGAGGGUGCUGCAGGAUUUCUUUGACGCCAAUGCCUACCCCAAAGAUGAUGAAUUUGAGCAGCUCUCCAACCUGCUGAGCCUGCCCACUCGGGUCAUCGUGGUGUGGUUUCAGAACGCCCGGCAGAAAGCCCGCAAGAACUACGAGAACCAGGGAGACGGGGGCAAGGAAGGUGAGCGGCGGGAGCUGUCCAACGACCGCUACAUCCGCACCACCAACCUGAACUACCAGUGCAAGAAGUGCAGCCUGGUCUUCCAGCGCAUAUUCGACCUCAUCAAGCACCAGAAGAAGCUGUGCUACAAAGAUGAGGAUGAGGAAGGGCAGUACGACAGCCAGAACGAGGACUCGAUGGACCUCUCACAGGAGUACUACACCCCGUCCGGCUCCUCCUGCCACACCCCCAUGCCCUCCUCCUCCAGCCUGUGCCCUCUCCCUCCGUCCACCUCCGCUUUCUCCCAUAUGACGUCGUCCGAGAAAGAGGAGGCCUCGCCCGCCAACACGUCGAACUCUUUCGGCGAGAAGCCCAAGCACUCGUCCGAGGCGCCCUCCAAGCCUCGGGAGAACCAGGUGUCCGUCAAGCAGGAGAGUCCCCAGCAGCCGCAGUCUGAGACGCCCCAGCACAGGCCUCCACGAGACGAGAAGCCCCAGGCUAUGUCUAUUCCGAAGACUUCAAAGCUGUCCUCCCUCUUUUCCACCCAGCAGAAGCAGCCAUGUGGUCCCACUGUGUCGCAGGCUAGCCCAGCUCCUUCACAGAGCUCCCACAUGACGCUCAACCCCCUCCUGACAUCUCCUACACAGCAGCAGCAGCAGCAGCUGGCCCAGCAGAUGAUCCCUUACCAGUGUGACCAGUGCAAGCUCGGCUUCCCCUCCUUCGAGCAUUGGCAGGAGCACCAGCAGCUUCAUUUCCUCACGGUCCAGAACCAGUUCAUCCACCCCCAGUUCCUGGACCGCCCCAUGGACAUGCCCUUCAUGCUGUUCGAUCCCAGCAACCCCCUUCUCGCAAGCCAGCUUCUCUCUGGGGCCAUGCCACAGAUACCCACCAGCUCUGCCACCUCGCCCUCCACGCCCACCUCCACCAUGAACUCCCUCAAGAGGAAGCUGGAGGAAAAAGCGGGCACCAGCCCGGGGGAAAAUGACAGCACAAACAGUGGGGAGGAGCCACAGAGGGACAAACGCCUCCGAACCACCAUCACGCCGGAGCAGCUGGAAAUCCUGUACCAGAAGUACCUGCUGGACUCCAACCCCACCCGCAAGAUGCUGGACCACAUCGCCCACGAGGUGGGGCUGAAGAAGAGGGUGGUGCAGGUGUGGUUUCAGAAUACCAGGGCUCGGGAGAGGAAGGGGCAGUUCCGAGCCGUGGGACCCGCUCAGGCCCAUCGCCGCUGCCCGUUCUGCCGCGCGCUGUUCAAAGCAAAGACAGCCCUUGAGGCCCAUAUCCGUUCGCGCCACUGGCAUGAAGCUAAGCGUGCCGGCUACAAUCUGGCCCUCUCAGGCUUGGCCCCAGAUCAGGAAGGCAUGCAGCUGAAGAUGGACCCCCUGGAUAUUUCUGCCUAUUCGCAGCUCUCUGCCUCCAACAAUGAUGGACAGUGUUCCUCUCUGUCACCGGUGAGCAAGAGCAUGGACCUCUCCCCCAGGGCUUUGCUGAGCCCGACGUCCAUCAAGGUGGAAGGAAUGGAGGACUUUGAAAGCCCACCCAUGUCCUCGGUCAACCUGAGCUUCGAUCACAAGCUGGACAACGACGACUGCUCCUCGGUGAACACGGCCAUCACCGACACCACCACUGGUGACGAGGCGAACGUGGACAAUGACGGCUCUGACAUUAAGCACGGUCACAACAGCGGUGACUUCCUGUCUAAGUCUGGGGGCACCGCCCCCUCAGUCGAGAACGACGACCAGAUGUCUUCGGGGCUGGUGAGCCCCGCGACAAGCUACUACGCCAAGGACUUUGAAAAUGAGACUACGGUUGACUACAGUGAGACCUCGAGUCUGGCAGAUCCCUGCUCUCCGAGCCCUGGGGCUUCUGGGAGCAGGAGCAUUGAUAGUGGAGACCGGCCAGGCCAAAAGCGUUUCCGCACCCAGAUGACUAACCUCCAGCUGAAAGUGCUCAAGUCCUGUUUCAACGACUACAGGACCCCCACCAUGCUGGAAUGCGAGGUUCUGGGCAAUGACAUCGGACUUCCAAAGAGAGUGGUUCAGGUGUGGUUCCAGAACGCCCGCGCCAAGGAAAAGAAAGCCAAGCUGAGCAUGGCCAAGCAUUUUGGCAUCAACCAGACAUCGUACGAGGGGCCCAAAACGGAGUGCACCCUGUGCGGUGUCAAGUACAGCGCCCGGCUUUCGGUGCGAGACCACAUCUUCUCCCAGCAGCACAUCGCGAAGGUGAAGGACACCAUCGGGAGCCAGCUGGACAAGGAAAAGGAGUACUUUGACCCGGCCACGGUCCGCCAGCUCAUGGCCCAGCAGGAAAUGGACCGCAUCAAGAAGGCCAACGAGGUCCUGGGCCUGGCGCAGCAGCAGGCCAUGCAGCAGCAGGGGAUGUUCGACAGCCCCGCCCUGCAAGCUCUGAACCUCCAGCCAGGCUACCCUGGCCUACAGGGGAUCCCCCCUGUCCUGCUGCCCGGGGUCGGUAACCCUUCUUUGCCAGGGUUCGCUUCGUCAAACACAGCUUUAACGCCUCCAAAACCUCCAAACCUCUUGAGCAUGCCAGGUGCCAGUGUCCCCUCCCCAAGUCUCCCCACGUCUGGAUUACCCAACAAGCCCCCCUCCUCUUCCUCUCUGGCCUCCCCCAGCCCAGCCCAGGCCAGCACCACCACUGCCCACUCUACAUCCACCCCCACCCCGACCUCCACCUCCACCUCCAGCUCCUCCUCCAUGCCCCCGCAGCAAGGCUCCAGGCCUGACCCCCCCAAAGAGCGUGAGGCUGAGAAGCCCAGGGAGAAGGAGAAGUCCAAGGAGAAGGCAGAGAAGCCCCCCACCCCGUCCUCCACGGGGGGCACCCCGGCGCCCUCCACCUCCGCCGCCAGCGCCAAGAAAGAGAAACCCGACGCCGCCGUUCCCGCCACCUCCAUGCCCACGCCUGGCAUGGAGUACGUGGUGGAUCCCGCCCAGCUGCAGGCCCUGCAGGCCGCCCUGGCGUCCGACCCCACGGCUCUGCUCACCAGUCAGUUCCUGCCCUACUUCAUGCCGGGCUUCUCGCCCUACUACGCCCCGCAGAUCCCCGGGGCGCUCCAGGGCGGCUACCUGCAGCCCAUGUACGGUAUGGAGAGCCUGUUCCCAUACAACCCGGCUUUGUCUCAAGCUCUGAUGGGGCUGUCCCCGGGGUCCCUGCUCCAACACUACCAGCAAUAUCAGCAGAGCCUGCAGGAGGCGCUACAGCAGCAGCAGCGGCAGCUUCAGCAGCAGCAGAAGCAGCAGCUCCAGCAGCUCCAGCAGCCCAAAGCGAGCCAGACGCCGGUCCCCCCAAAAACCCCCGAGACCCCAGACCACAAAGAACCUGCCAAAGAACCAGCGAAAGCUGAUGAGCAGAAAGGCACUCCCUCCUGCGAGAGCUCCUCUUCCUCCUCCUCCUCCUCCUCAUCCUCCUUCUCCUCCUCCUCCCACAAGAACCUCCCCUUCGAGCUGCACGAGAUGGACAGCAAAGGCGUGGAUUCCCUGCUUGACCAAUACAUCGUCCCCAAGGUGCAGUACCGGCUGGCGUGCCGCAAGUGUCAAGCUGUCUUCAGCAAGGAAGAGGCGGCCGUGAGCCACCUGAAAUCCCUCUGCUUCUUCGGUCAGUCUGUGGCUAACCUGCAAGAGAUGUUGCUUCGGGUCCCCGGCAGCGGGUCCGCGGGCGAGGGCAGCCUGUACGACUGCCUGGCCUGCGACGUCACGCUGGACGGGGAGAAAGCGCUCAGUCAACACCUGGAGUCGGCCUUGCACAAACACAGAACAAUCAAGCGAUCAGCCAGAAAUGCCAAAGAGCACGCGACUAGUCUAUUACCUCACUCUUCAGCCUGCUUCCCCGAUCCUAACACCGCAUCUACCUCGCAGUCAGCCGCCCACACUAACAGCAGCCCCCCUCCCCCGCCAACAGCAUCCACCGCCACGCCGUCCUCCUCUUCCUCCUCCUCCUCCGCCUCUUCAUCCUCGUGCUCCUCUUCCUCCGCAGCGGCCCCCACACACACCGCCACCACCGCAGCAGCAGCAGCAGCAGCCGGCAAACCCUGGCCCCAGGCCCACCUGUCCAGAGCUUCAGCUGGGAAGCCCAACGCCGUCUCCCCUCCUGCAUCCUCUCCCACUUUCCCGCCAGUAUCCUCACCUUCAACGGUUACCUCAAGUUCAUUGAGCACCUCAGGGGUUCAGACCUCGAUACCAACAGACGUCUUUACCGACGAAUCAGAGUCUGACAGCAGUCAGAGGUCAGCAGACAAGCUGGGCAAGCCGGCUGAGGCGCCGCAGCAGCCCAGCUGUCUCAAAGACAGUAGUAGUUGUAGUAGUAAUCUUGCUAGCGUAGGAACGGACUCCAUCCAAUUGUAAAAGAGCUUUCAACAACGAUGGACAAUAUUUAAAAAAUUAGCAAAAGAAACAAAAAAAAAACAAA